AUGGUCGUGCUUGUUGUUGAGACCGCGCAGGAGAGCAGGAACCCGAUAAUGAGCAGCGUGACGGUGGAGCUUACUGAUGACAAGGAGGUUAAGGUCACGCCGAAAGACGGAGAGUCAACUUUACUAAAGGACGUGCAGCUGGUGUCUGCAAGCGAUACACAGCUCGUCAUCACCGGAACGGACCAGAAGAACAACACCCUGAGAUAUUACACGUUUAAGCAUCAGGAGCUCUCGAAGCAGCCCGACUACGACAAAUUCAACAGUCUACCCAAGACAGACCCCAUCAAGGCGUUAGAGAUGAUAUAA